AUGUUCAUCAACCGCUGACUAUUUUCAACCAACCACAAAGACAUCGGCACCCUCUACCUUCUGUUCGGUGCCUGAGCUGGCAUAGUAGGGACCGCCUUGAGCUUACUAAUUCGCGCCGAACUAGGUCAACCCGGAACCCUACUUGGAGAUGACCAGAUCUACAAUGUAAUUGUAACUGCACACGCAUUCGUAAUAAUUUUCUUUAUAGUAAUACCUAUUAUGAUUGGAGGGUUUGGCAACUGACUAGUCCCUCUAAUAAUUGGAGCCCCCGACAUAGCAUUUCCUCGGAUAAAUAAUAUAAGCUUUUGACUCCUUCCCCCCUCUUUCCUAUUACUUCUAGCAUCCUCUAUAGUUGAAGCCGGAGCAGGAACAGGUUGAACCGUAUAUCCUCCUCUAGCAGGUAAUCUAGCCCAUGCAGGAGCCUCAGUAGACCUAACUAUUUUUUCCCUACACCUAGCAGGCAUCUCUUCAAUUCUAGGAGCCAUUAAUUUUAUCACAACUAUCAUUAACAUGAAACCACCCGCAAUAUCACAAUAUCAAACUCCCCUGUUUGUGUGAUCUGUCUUAAUUACUGCCGUACUACUCCUCCUUUCACUUCCUGUAUUAGCAGCUGGCAUCACAAUACUACUAACAGACCGAAACCUAAACACAACCUUCUUUGACCCAGCAGGAGGAGGAGACCCUAUUUUAUAUCAACACCUAUUCUGAUUCUUUGGACACCCUGAAGUAUAUAUUCUUAUUUUACCUGGAUUUGGAAUAAUCUCUCAUAUCGUAACCUACUACUCAGGGAAAAAAGAACCAUUCGGGUACAUAGGAAUAGUGUGAGCCAUAAUAUCAAUCGGGUUUCUAGGAUUUAUUGUAUGAGCCCACCAUAUAUUUACAGUCGGAAUAGACGUCGAUACACGGGCUUACUUCACAUCAGCUACCAUAAUUAUCGCUAUCCCAACUGGAGUAAAAGUCUUCAGUUGAUUAGCAACACUCCACGGAGGCAAUAUCAAAUGGUCCCCCGCCAUGAUAUGAGCCCUAGGCUUCAUCUUCCUUUUUACAGUAGGAGGCCUAACUGGAAUUGUUUUAGCUAACUCAUCCCUUGAUAUUGUUCUCCACGACACAUACUAUGUAGUAGCUCAUUUCCACUACGUUCUAUCAAUAGGAGCUGUGUUCGCUAUCAUAGGGGGAUUUGUACACUGAUUUCCCCUAUUUUCAGGCUACACUCUUAAUGAUACAUGAGCCAAAAUCCACUUCGCAAUUAUAUUUGUAGGUGUUAACAUGACCUUCUUCCCACAACAUUUCCUAGGAUUAUCUGGUAUACCACGACGAUACUCUGAUUACCCAGACGCAUAUACAAUAUGAAAUACUAUUUCAUCUAUAGGCUCAUUCAUUUCACUAACAGCAGUAAUACUAAUAAUCUUCAUUAUCUGAGAAGCAUUUGCAUCCAAACGAGAGGUCCUAACUGUAGACCUAACCACAACAAAUCUAGAGUGACUGAACGGAUGCCCCCCACCAUACCACACAUUUGAAGAACCCACAUACGUUAGCCUAAAAUAA